AACGCGCGACUUCCCGAAGCGCGCUCAGCGGCGAGGGGCCCGGCGCCACGCGGCGUGACGGCCGGAUGCGCGCCACGCCGGUCGUCGCCAUGCGCGCGCAUGCCCCAGCCCCACGUCCGCGCGCGGGUGGUUUGGCCAAUUGGUUGCUUCAUAUACGUGCCCACCACUGCACUUGGCCGCGAGGCGAGGAGAAGCGGAACCGCGCCAUGGAGGCCGCCGCCGGCGAAGGCGAUCGGAAGCGGAAGAGGGACGUGGCGGAGGAGGUGGGCAUCGCGGAGGAGGAGGUGGCGGAGCUGAUGCGGUGGCUGGAGACGGAGAUCUCGUCGGCGCCGGCGCCGGCGCCGGCGCCGGCGUCCAAGGAGGAGGAGGACGACGACGACCCUGCGGCUGCACAGGGGUUCGUCACCAUCAACGGCAACGAGGAGAGCUGCGGCCCAUCCUUCUCCGCCGCGGCGUCCACCGUGAUGGCCUCCGUCGACACCCGCGCCGGGGCUCCAUCCCCGCCUACCGUCCCCUGGCCGCUCCCGCCGCCGCCCCCGACGAGGGCGUGGCCGAGUUCGAGCUACUAGUGACGUACGUAGCGUCGCGUAUGCGUGUUUCGUUUUGCCGUUUUUGGGGCGGGCACUUCGCCGGACUGUACAGUGUCAGGUGCCGGAAACGGAAACCCAGCACGGAAAUGUGGGUGAUUACAUUUAAUUCCUCUCUUCCUUAUUACUACAGCUGCUUCUCAGAAUAUAUAGAUUCCAGAGAAAGUUCGUCGUCGUCCAUCGAGGCUUGGAGCAUGCAGGCAUUGGUGCCAUGAUCCAUCCAUUGAUGGCCGGUCGGUAGAGAGUAGAGGCAGUCUCAGUAUGGCUGCAUAUGCACAGUGACAAUAACAAAUGUCUGCCCAGCCCAUCAGAAAGAGUGUAAUGCAGACGUUGAUCACACCCUAGGAUGCAGAGUGCAGUGCUUCCUUCAAGGCAUUCAAACACAUGCAUUCAACAGCACUGCUAGCAGCUCACAUUACUGCCAAGUUCCAUAAUAUGCUAGGGCCACGUUCUUGCCCUCCUAUAAGUUAACUUAUUCGCCUCGU